GAAUGGGCUCGCCCGAGUCACGUGACGUCUGAAGGUCCCCUCCCUCGGAUUUGGCCGCCAUUACGUCUGACCAGAAAAACCAGUUUCAUUGUCGCCGCAAUUCAACCUUCAAAUGUUUCGUGCUUUUGCUGUAGCUCUGUUGUGCGGUGACAGGGAACCAUCUGCUUCGAUUUUCACGUGUGAAUUUGGAAUACAGCUGUAACCGGUGUGUGAAAUUGUGUCUGUACAUUGUAUCGCAAGAUAUUAUCGAUAUAAAAUUAUUAAUAUGGUGUGGAAAUAAAUAGAAAAAUAAAGUGCUCACUUUCUGGAGAGUGAACUCGUGGGUUAAUCAAUACUCGUGCUGUUUUGUGUGAAAUAAAGUAAACAGUGAAAGUUGAUGGGACGUAUCCGGCAUUUUCAGUGCUUCUGCAUGCCAGGACACACGCCCACUGUCAUACUUCGUAUAUGAAGUUGGAGAUCUACUUGACGAGAAGAGUGGAAGCUGGAGCCGGGUGCGCAGGCGCCGCCCGAGGGGACCAUGCGAGCGGCGCUGGGCGCCGCCUGGCGGUGGGCGCUGCUCGUCUCGCUCGUCGGCGUCAUUGACGGGGAGGCCGGGUGCCGCUUCCCCGCGCAUUGGGCCGGCAGCUGGUUCCAGUCGGGCGUGCAGCUGGUGCGCAUCAACGCGUCGCACAUCGAGACCAAGGGCGAGUGCCUGCAGGCGGCGGGCGACAAGUUCCUCAUCGAGGACAAGUCGGAAAAUUGCUUCAGAUGCGUGGUCAUUCAUGAGAAGCAUGCCAAUGUCUUGCAGUAUAAAGAGACGUACUGCGACGAGAAGAAGUCGCUGGACGACCUGUGCUCACUCAUCACGGGCGACGCCACGCUCUUCUCCAUGCUGCGCCUGGACCCUCCCGCGGGGCCCGUCGCCUGCCCCUUCAAGGGCCCCUUCACCUUCACUUACAACCGCGGCUCCGGCGAGUGCUGGAGCCCCGUCUCCAGGAUUGACUCGUGCACCGACGAGUCGCGCCUGCUGCUGCGCUACCAGGCCUGCCCCGACGGUGUUCAUUACUCUGUGGAGGAAUUAGUUUGCCUCGCGACUUGGAAGGAAGGUUCCACUCGGUAUCUCAUUGGAAAAGUGUUCCAUAAAAUGGCGACAUCAGAUGAAGACAGAUACCGAUGUUUUGUUUAUGAUCACAAGCAGAGCAACGGACGCUCCAUGUUCGAAGUGGCGCAAUCUGGCGAUGCUACGUGCAACGGAUUGCUGUCCCCCACGGAAGGCUCUCGAACAAUGAAGCUAACAAAAGUUGAAAACUCAAAAUCCAGGUGCCGGUAUCCAAACUGGGUGACUGAACAUCACCAGUGGCAUACUUUGGAUUUAAGCCGUUCUUAUCACUUUUCCCACAAGAAUGCUACCUUACGAAUAUCUCAUUCUGGGCCUGAAAUGAGAGUGAUAUGUCACAAUGCAACAGAAAGUCAUCACCAAGUCACUAUAGUUGCUCAUACAACAAGUGGCUGCAAUAGUGGUUAUGUGUGCAUGCGAUUCUACAAACGAGAUGGACAUGUGAUUGAGCUCCAGCAAAGCAACAACACUGUUCAAGUAGCAGAAGAAGCUUGCAACCCAGAAUAUUUUCCUCACACCACUCUACCAUAUACAACACUCAUAACUGCAACGUUACAUCCUCGCAAGUGUCCAUACCUUGGACGUUACACUGUCACAGGUCUACAUGAAAAUGUACCUCAACAAUUGCAUCAUCACAAACGAAAGAAGCGAGCAAUUGUUCGAAGCAAACGUCAGGAUGAAAGCAACACAGAACCAGACUGCGAUGUAGAGAAUUUUGAAUCCCUUUCUGUGGGAUGCACUGAAACUUUGGAUACCAUGGAUUUUUAUUCCUGUAACAGCGAGGCAGUUUCAGCUUAUUCCUGUCAUGGAAAUUGGGAGGAAAAUGGAACCAGUUUUCUUAUAGCUUCUCCUGUCAGUCGAAAGUCUACUGGGGCAAGGAGAUACUGCUUCAUAUACACCCAUGGAGGAAACAAAGGAGACGGAAGUAUCCUAUACAAUGAUGCAAAAUGGAAAAGGGAUACUACGCUACAAGUGUCUACUGCAACAGAAUCCUGUCAUAGGAAUAUUACUCCUGGAAUUUCAGGACAUCGUGUGUUCAAUCUUACAAUGAUUGGUUAG